UCACUGGAAGAGAAACAGCCAUCAAGUGAUUGUUGUUGAGGUGGUAGGAUUGGAAGAGUGAGAUGGCAAUUCCAGUUCUGAGGCCAUUUACCAGUAUUGCUUACAGCACAAGCAGAGAUUUGCAGCUCAUUUCCUCUACUGAUUCACCCACACUCUGCUCUGUUCACAAACCCAAGAGGUUGGUCUGUUGUGCAACUCCAUCUGUUUCCAAUCAUGUUGGUUCUGAAGUAGGGGUGCGCUUAAGCGUUGGAACCCACUUUAUUCCGCAUCCCGACAAGGUGGAGAAAGGUGGGGAAGAUGCAUUUUUCAUUAGCAGUCACAGUGGUGGAGUUCUUGGGGUGGCUGAUGGGGUUUCCGGUUGGGCUGAAAAAGAUGUCAAUCCUGCUCUGUUCUCGCGCGAGCUAAUGGCUAAUGCCUCUAGCUUUGUGGAAGAUGAAGAGGUUAACUAUGAUCCACGGAGUCUGAUAAGGAAAGCACAUGCUGCUACCUCCUCUAUUGGGUCUGCCACGGUAGUUGUUGCGAUGCUGGAAAUGAAUGGGAUAUUGAAGAUUGCCAGCGUAGGAGACUGUGGGGUGAAGGUCAUACGCAAAGGGCAAGUAGCAUUUUCUACAUCUCCACAAGAACAUUAUUUUGACUGCCCAUACCAGUUAAGCUCAGAGGCUGUUGGUCAGACGUUCCUUGAUGCCACGGUGACCACUGUGGAAUUAAUGGAAGAGGACACGGUUGUGAUGGGCUCUGAUGGGCUCUUUGAUAAUGUUUUUGACCGAGAAAUUGUUUCUGUUGUCAGCUCAUGUGAUAAUGUUUCUGAUGCCGCAAAGGCACUAGCUAAUCUGGCUCAUAACCACUCAAAAGAUUCCAGUUUCGACUCCCCAUAUUCACAAGAAGCUCGAUCCCAGGGUUUUGAUGUCCCGUGGUGGAAGAAAAUUAUGGGGAUGAAGUUAACAGGUGGGAAGCUCGAUGAUAUUACUGUAAUCGUUGGGCAGGUGACAAGCUCUUUGAGCUCAUAGUACCUUGAUCAGUCUGAUUAUAGGUUAACGGCUUCAUAUAGACGUCGGACAGACCAUCUGCAUUGAACCUGCUCUCACUGGACUAUGAAGGUUCUCAAGUUAUACAGUCUCCUGAUUAUGUUGGCCGUUGAUUUUUUGUUCCCUCUUUAUUUUGUACCUACAUGAAGUCGAAGGAGUCAAGUACGGAUGAAGCCAUAUUUGUUUUCCCUCUGGAAGGAGGAGAAAAGAGCAAAAACUGGCAUUCUUGCUCUGCUCAUGUAAUGGAAAUGUAAGAAGAGUAUUUCCUUAUAGUAGAAAACAAAAAUUCAUAUCUUAACUGAUGAUCCUAAACUGGGAGUUGCAGAUCGUAACGCUGCUUUUAGAACGCAUUUUAGGGAG